GAAUGUUCUCAGGUAGGGAGGGCAGGUUGUGGGGGGCGUGUGUUCUACUUGCACAAGCGCUCCCAUGUUGCGUAGGCUAGUCUGGAAACCUGACGUGGAGAGCAGCCGAGCGGUGAGUGACAGAGUUGCGGCAGGGCAGAUCACAAAGUGCCUGUGGCCGCGCUUCCCCCGCUCGCGCACUCCUCUCCGGACCGACAGCCUCGUGCGCCUUGCUCCGACACCGGUCGGCUGGCCGCGGGUGACCCGAGAAACCCACUUUGACGAACAGACUCGGGCUCCGCUGGCAGGAAAGCUGGAACUAAACUACAUUCAUUGACUUGAGAGCAAUGCACUGGCAGCAUGGCCAAGUGGUUCAAGGAGCACUUAGGAUUCAAAACUACCAAAGCAACCCCUCCGGCGCUUCCGAAACCGGACUACAGACAUUGUCACACCGGUGUGCCCGUUGCGCCUGGCUACCAACAAACAAGCUCCGGGGCCACCUUCCCGAGCCCCGCUCAACCGGACAUCCUCGCUGCUUACAAACUACAGAAGGAACUGGACUUCGAGGACCCGUACACUCCAGGUGGAAAUAUUUCAUUUGGCUCGAGCCUGAACACUGUGGGGUCGCCGGAUAUCAAGUAUGUGUCACCAAAACACCGACUUAUCAAGGUGGAAACAAUCGAAAAGAGCAACCCAGCUCCAGGCGGCGGUGUCACAGUCACCCAAGCUGUUGCUGUAGGGAGUGUUAAAUCACCGACUUCACCUCCCCCGGACCACGAGAACAAGGAGAAGCUCAUAAUCCUUGAAGACUAUGCGGACCCUUUCGAUGCUGAGCAGGCUGGUGGCACUCAGACCAGCACGGAAAAAGUGACGACAGAGAAUGAUGGCUACAUGGAGCCAUAUGAGGCCCAGAAGAUGAUGGCAGAAAUACGAUCUGGUGGGCGAGGACCUAAGGAAGGACCGGGGAGACAGCUGCCCCUGUACGACACGCCGUAUGAGCCAGCCGAGAACGGCGGAGACUCUGACCCUGAGCGCUCGCGCUGCCCCAGAGAGAGCCGCCUGCCCCAGGAUGAUGAGCGACCCCCUGAGGAGUAUGACCAGCCCUGGGAGUGGAAGAAAGAGAGGAUUUCCAAAGCCUUUGCAGUAGAGAUUAAAGUGAUCAAGGACCUACCCUGGCCCCCUCCUGUCGGGCAGCUCAACACCAGCCCUCCCCUGGUGGAGGAACUGGAGUCUCCCUCCCAGACAGCUCAGCCCUCGCCAGGACAGACAAGCUCUGACCAGCACCACCAUGUCCAGUUUGAUGGCGUGGAGAAGUCUCGAAUGUCGCCUACCAAGGAGGGGAAAACCCGCCCGCUGCAGCGACACUCCAGUGGCUGUCUGGUCAACACCAAAAUGACUUCACUAGACCACUGCAGUUCCUCUCUCGGGGAACGAAUUGACCCCACCAUGCCCCUGGAAAGCCAGUUCUGGUACCAUGGAGCAAUCAGCCGAACAGAUGCAGAGUCUCUGCUCCGGCUGUGUAAGGAGGCCAGCUACCUGGUGAGAAACAGCGAGACCUGCAAGAACGACUACUCCCUCUCCCUUAAAAGCAGCCAGGGCUUCAUGCACAUGAAGCUGUCGCGGACGAAGGAGAACAAGUACAUCCUGGGCCAGAACAGCUGCCCUUUUGACAGCGUGCCUGAGAUAAUCCAUUUCUACUCCAGCCGCAAGCUGCCCAUCAAGGGUGCCGAACACAUGUCCUUGCUCUACCCUGUAGCCAUCAGGACACUAUAGUGCUCUGGGUCCCCUGCAGGCGUCGGCCCCCGCAGUACCCACUGGGCCACCCUGUGGCUCCAAGCUUCCUGUCCCUCUGGACAGAGCCCAUUAAGCUCAUGGGAAGAUGAACAGUGGCAUCCCAAAACUGCUGAUCCUGACUCACCUCACUGGCCAACAGAUUCCAGACCUGUUUUUGAAGGCCUACUGCAUACUAUCUUACAAAUACAGACUCAGUGUUGCAGAAGUCUUUAUUAUUUUAUUUUAUUGUAUUUAUGACAAACACCAACUUCAUUACAUCACAGACUGACUAUCUGUUGAACAUCAUUUCAUUGAUUCUUGAGCUGAUUUCCCUUAGCACUUAACACUCAAAGAAAAAGAAAGGUACAACAAUGUAACAUUUGUCACUGGGGUGUACCUUUUUAUUAUAAUAUGUUGUACCUUUUUCUGAAAAGAGUGCACAUCAUGAAAAAUUGGGUAUGGACAAGUUUGUUUGACUUUGCUCAUUUGGUUAGGCUCUGUUGAUACUGUAAUUGUUCGUAAGGGGACUUGAAGAUUGUAAGAGCUGUGUAAGGGAAGAGACAUUUAUGAGGCAUGUUGAGGUAAAUUGUCCUCAUGGGCCCCAUACAGUGGUCAGGAUAUUGAAUAAACUGGCCUUGUAUGAAUGGUGUGUCCCCAGCUGCAUGGGAAUAGCAGGACUGUGAGCAGUGCAGACUGAUCUCUCUAUCUUGUCAUAGUGCAUGCUGUCUGCUAUCCAUCACUGAGUGGGUGUAUCACACCAAUGACAGUGUGUAAGUACCAUAGUGGUGAGACAGGCAGGAGAUCAUGAUGGAUGGGUCAACCCAUCUGACACAGUACAAUUGGCUGAGGCUAGAGACCAGAGACUGUCCAAAUGGACCAAAUUAGCCCCGCUACCCCUCCUUAGAAUGGCUUUGCAUCGGGAGAAUGAAAUAUGUCUUCAUUGUCUACCUCAGAAAAUCAAUUUCAUUCGCCCAUCUGCAGAUCAAUAGGUACAAUGGGAUUGCAGACAUCGAUCUGUUCUCCCUUCAACAUUCCCAAUUCCCUUAAAAUUGCAUCAUCGGUUUUAGUAAUAUGAUUUUUUUGAAUAAAGUUAAUCCAAGUUUUUUUUUUUUUUUUUUAUGAAAACACAAGCAGAUUUUCCAGAUCAGCAAUUGUAUGUAUAGUCACUAAUAUGAUACUGUGUGAUGUCAGUAACAAAUGUUUGGUUAAUGCCUUAUAAUGCAUGGGUCAAAUCAGUCCGCUAGAUCAGCUGAUUUCCAGUUCUGCUUUUAACGAUUGUUCUGUGACUGUAAUUUAUUCUGGGGUAAUUAUUACUGAUGUGUUACUCCUUUGUGAUGGCCCAUCGGCCCCCUCGCCCUCAUUGUUCUGUGCCGAUGUGAUCGUGUUUUUUGGGACUACUCCAGCCUCUUUUACUGUGGUGCUUUGCAUUUUUGUUGUUUCAAGUUCCGCUAAAUGCACGUUUGCCUCGGUGGCCUGACUCUGAGACGUGAGUCAUGGCGUCUCCUGACCAACGGGGUUGUCAAGCAUCGCGUGAGAGACGAUCACAUAUUCUUCCUCGGACCAAUCGCAGCGCAGCCUGUCCGAACCAGAAAAAACACCUACCUUCAUUCUGUCAUGCUUCCACUUGGCAUUAAAAUCUCUCUAUCAUCUA